AUCAUGGCGAGCUACAAUACAGGCGCCAUUCUAAAAACUACAAGUCCGCCAUUAGUCAGUGACGCGCAUUCGCCUUGCAUCAGCGUGUGUCCGUGGACCACACGUACCGGCAAAGUUGUCACAUUAUACGCCACUUUAGCGUGUAUAGAAGUAGACAUUUCCCCAACCAAGUCAUCAGUCCACUGCCAAAUGAAACUGUUUGUUAGCGAAGGCAACCCACACUGCCUAAAAGUGUUGGCUGCCUUAGAAGUAGCCGGAGUCCAGUGUGAAGUCCAGUUUGUCAACCACGAAGAAAAAGUCGUGCCCUUCCUGAGCCGUCCAUCUUUACCAGCCCUGCUCCUUCCAAAUGGACAGCACCUUUUUGGCCCCAACGCCAUAUGCCGAUACAUGUUUGAAGUGAGUGGGCAAGAGUGCAGCGAGGCUUGCGAUCAGUGGCUCGAAUGGGAGGCCACAGAUCUCCAGCCUGCCCUGCUUCAGGCGCUUCACAUGGCGGUGCUUCAGGGGAAAGAAUCGGAGGUCCCCAAAGUCCUUGCAGGGCCUCUCAGCUACUUGGACCAAAGCUUGACCAAGGCGACCACAUCUUAUUUAACUGCGGAUGUUGUUUCGGUCGCUGAUCUUGUUGUUUGUGCCGCGCUGCAUCCGAUUUUUUCCGCAUCAUCGCUCACUUCAGGUGAACACACGUCCGUGAAGGUUUGGUUCGACCGUUUGGCCGCCUCACAGAGCUGCGUGUCGGCGUCUCAUAAAGUGCUGCAGGGAAAAGGCCUGCAGGCGAUGAAGAGCUUCAUGCAGAGGCAGCCCGCGCCGCAGAGCGGCCAGUGCAGAGGCAACGGGCAGCUCUGCAACAGCGGCCCUGUUGAGGGUGAAGAAGGGGAACAUGUGGUGUCACAGGAAGAGAUGGAAGCUGCUGCUCUCACUUGGCACAAGGGUUUAAAUUCCUCCCCAGCAGCCACAGACAGACUUCACCCAAUUCUGCCGCAGGAAGGCAAACGAAACAUCCUGUUGACCAGCGCGUUGCCCUAUGUCAACAAUGUACCCCACCUGGGCAACAUCAUUGGCUGUGUUCUCAGCGCUGACGUCUUCUCCAGGUACGGCCGACUGCGAGGCUGGAACUCUCUGUUUGUGUGCGGCACAGACGAGUACGGCACGGCCACGGAAAAUAAAGCCCGCGAGGAAGGCCUGACGCCGCAGCAGAUCUGCGACAAAUACCACGCCAUUCACGCCAGCAUCUACGAGUGGUUCCAGAUUGACUUUGACUUCUUUGGCAGGACGACUACCGAGAAGCAGACGGAGAUAGCCCAGAACAUUUUCUGGAGGCUCCACAAGAAUGGCUUCCUGGUGGAAGACUUGGUGGAGCAGCUACGGUGUGACCAAUGCCAGCGUUUCCUGGCUGACCGUUUCGUCGAAGGCACCUGCCCCCACUGCAAAUACCCGGACGCCCGUGGCGACCAGUGCGACAAGUGUGGCCGACUCAUCAACGCAGUGGAACUCAAGGCACCUCACUGUAAAGUCUGUGGACAGACUCCAGUCAUCCGCUCGUCCAAACAUCUUUUCCUGGACCUGCCAAAGUUAGAGGCUCAGUUGGAGCACUGGCUGGACAAGUCCACCGGCGACGGAGACUGGACUGCGAAUGCCAAACAGAUCACUCGCUCCUGGCUCAGGGAUGGACUCAAACCUCGCUGCAUCACCAGAGACCUCCAAUGGGGAACGCCAGUACCUCACCCGGACUUUAAAGAAAAGGUGUUCUACGUGUGGUUCGACGCCCCCAUCGGUUAUGUCUCUAUCACUGCCAACUACACAGACAAAUGGGAACAGUGGUGGAAGAAUCCAGAUCAGGUGGAGCUGUACAACUUCAUGGCCAAGGACAACGUACCGUUCCACAGUGUGGUGUUUCCCUGCUCCCUCCUGGGAGCUCAGGACAACUACACACUGGUCAAUCACUUGAUUGCCACCGAAUAUCUGAAUUACGAAGACACAAAGUUCUCCAAGAGCCGUGGCGUCGGCGUGUUCGGCGACAUGGCCAAGGGCACGGGUAUCCCGUCCGACGUGUGGCGCUUCUACCUGCUCUACGUGCGUCCCGAGGGCCAGGACUCUGCCUUCUCGUGGACCGACAUGGCUCUGAAGAACAACUCGGAGCUGCUCAACAACUUGGGCAACUUCAUUAACAGAGCCGGCAUGUUUGUUUCAAAGUUCUUUGAUGGCUGUGUGCCCGCGAUGGAGCUGCUGCAGGAAGAUAAGAAGCUCCUGGCUGUAGUGGGCUGGGAGCUGGAGCAGUACAUCCAACUCAUGGACAAAGUCAAAAUCCGUGACGGUCUGAAGCAUAUCCUCAACAUCUCUCGCCAUGGCAACCAGUACAUCCAAGUAAAUGAACCCUGGAAGAAGAUCAAGGGAGGAGAUGCAGAACGGCAGCGUGCAGGCACUGUCACCGGCGUGUCCAUCAACGUCGCCUGCUUACUGUCCGUCAUGCUGCUGCCCUACAUGCCGGCGGUCAGCCAAACCAUCAGGGAUCAACUCAACGCACCUCAUUCUUGCGUCAGCGCCAUUCUGCGCGGCACGGGCGCCUUCACUCGCGUCCUCGACGCCGGCCACCAAAUUGGCACCGUGAGUCCAUUGUUCCAGAAACUGGAGAUGGAGCAGAUUGAAACUUUGAAGAAGAGAUUUGGCGGCCAGCGGCUGGAAGAUGUACCGCCAAACAAGAAGGUGCCGACUCCAAACGCUGCCAGCCCUCAGUCGGCCGCUAUGCCGCCCAUCCCUGCAAUGGAAGUGAACGCCGGAGUUGACCCGGAGAAAGCCCGGCAGCUGACGCAGGCUGUGGCUGAGCAGGGAGAAAAGGUGCGAGCCCUGAAAGCGCAGAAGGCUGACAAAUCGGUGAUCACGGCCGAGGUGUCUAAACUAUUGGAGCUGAAGAAGCAGUUGGCGCUGGCAGAGGGCAAGAGCCCCGAGCCCGCACCCGUCAAGGGCAAGAAGUGAGACACGGCCAUAAAAGUCGCCAACACUGGAGGUGGUUAGCGGAGGGGUACAAUAUGCAAGGUGUGAUAGCGGGAAAAAGGGGGAACAAGAUGUACAUGGCGAGAUGAGCAUGUUAGCCAAAGGCAAAGCCGUGACGGGAUCUGAGACAACAGGGUUUUAGCACCAAGGUCUAAUGAAAUGCCAGUGAGGCCGGCGGGGAAAUGAACACACACAAAAGGGAGCCAAAUGAAUUCUGCUACAGAAUGGAAGGGAUUUGGGAAAAAUCCCUACACCAAGAAUAACUCAUUUGAUACUCAACAUCAGGCUCGCAAGGUGCGAAAAUGUUUUUACACCACAAUUAACACAUUCACUGCCAUUGAUGGCUUAAGAAGGCAAAUAGCCAUGUUAACUGGGAAGGCUGGCAGGGAAUGUUUAAAAAAGAAAAGGUAGCAAAUUUUCCCUUGUGAAAAUCUAUUAUGGUCCAUACAUAGUGUGACGCAGUGUACUUCCUGUCAUUCAUGUGAACAAUAAACCUUGCAUUCAUUAACAAGCAAAGAAAAUCAAUUCUUUUAUUGCAAAUUUGGGGUUACAGUGACAGAUAUAAGAAAUGUUAACAAACAUGAAUCUCAUUAAUGAUUUUUAAAAAACAUGCAUAUUCAUGUAUAAUUAAUAAUUGAUGACUUGAUUAAGAAAGUACAAAUGUAUACAGUAAAUGUUAUUGCAGUUAUAUAAAAAUAUCAAGUGGAUGUAUACCACAAGUCCCGCAUUGAAUAAAAAAAAAAAAAAAAAAAAGGUAACCUGUAGAAAUAUUAGUCAGGGGCAACCUGCUGUAUUAACUAUACGUACAUGCAAAGGCUUAUAGAAAAAGCAAAAAAAAAUAGUUGUACUCUCAAAGCGAGGGGACACAUUCAAAACGUUCCUGAGCUCCUUCUGUCCACAAAUUGGGGCAAAUAAUCUCUGCUAGCCAAAUUGCAGCCCUUUUACGAGGAGUUA